GCAAAGCUCACCUGCUGGGCCAUGCCGCUCGCAGUCGCAGCAAAUAGCCUUCCGAAUCCGGUGAUACUUUUUUGUCAUUUCUAUCUCGCAACCUUCUCGAUCGUAGGUAGCAGCAAGGAUCGCUCGCUGUGAUUAUACGGUACCGGAAGAAGCAUUGCUGUUGCGCUGGAGGUGAUCUGGCUUGUACGUCUUGGUCGCGGCGGCGGCGAUGGGUGGCUCCGACCAGAAGGCGGCCGGCGGCGCCGUGGGCGGCAAGGCCGCGCGCGCGUGCGACGGGUGCAUGCGACGGCGCGCGCGCUGGUACUGCGCGGCCGACGACGCGUUCUUGUGUCAGGGAUGUGACACGUCCGUGCACUCGGCGAACCCGCUCGCCAGGCGGCACGAGCGCCUCCGCCUGCGCGCGACGUCCCCGCUGCCGGCUGAGCGGGUGAAGGCGGUGAAGGAGUCGUCGGGGGCGACGACGUCCAAGUGCCUGGACGUCGCGCCGGCGUGGCCGAGGCGGAAGGCGCGCACGCGGCGGCCGCCGGUCAAGAGCGUCGGGCAGCUGCUGUCGAGGCGCCUCGUGGUGCCCGAGGUGGGGGCCGGUGAGUCCUCCACGUCGGACGAGCGGAGGGCGCCCGAGGAGGAGCAGCUGCUCUACCGCGUGCCGGUCUUUGACCCCGCCCUCGCCGAGUUCUGCUCGCCGCCGCCGAUCGAUGGCUCACGCCACAGCGAGGACGUCGAAGGCGCCGUGGAAGACGCGAAGGAGCUCACGGCCGAGCAGUCCCCCGUGCAGGAGCUCCCCGAUUGUUUCGCCAGUUUCGGCCCGACGGACGCCGAUCUCAGGGAGUUCGCGGCCGACAUGGAAGCGCUCCUCGGCCAAGGCCUGGACGACGGCAAGGAGCUGGAGGACUCGUUCUACAUGGAGGCCCUAGGGCUCAUAUCGCCGCCGGGGGAACACGGCGGGCGUGUAAAGGUGGAGGCCGACGGCGGCCUUGUCUCCCGAAGCAACGGCGUUCUGGCGUCUGGCCAUGACCUGAAGCGGGAGUUCAACGGCAGCCCGCCGACACUGGUGGAUGACGACGACAGUUUCGAGCACAAGACGUCGUCGGCGAGCAACGGAGACGGCGUUGACGAUGCGCAGUUCUUGAAGAGGAGCCUGGAUCUUAGGCUGAACUACGAGGCGGUCAUGGAGAGCUGGGGCAGCUCGCCGUGGACCGACGGCCGGCGGCCGCCCGGCCAGCUCGACGACUUGUUGCUCCACGACCACGCGGGCACGUGGACGGCGGGAGGAGGAGGACGGCAUGGCGACGCGGCGUGGCCGCCGAGGCCGAGGACGGACGAGUGGCGGGAGGCGCGGGUGUCGCGGUACCGAGAGAAGCGGCGGACGAGGCUGUUCGCCAAGAAGAUACGCUACGAGGUGCGGAAGCUGAACGCGGAGAAGCGGCCCCGGAUGAAGGGCCGCUUCGUCAAGCGCACCGGCGCCGCGGCCGCCGCCGGCGCCCCGUGCGCCGUCACCUGACCUAGCCAGGCCGUUGCACCGUGCGUGUCGAUUGCUGCGCGCGGGGUACAGAUUGCGUCGUGCUCGUCAGUCACGGGCAUGGCAUGAAAUUACACACACCCACACACAAAAAUUUGUCGAAGCUGCUUUAAUUAGUGUCUAUUUUGUUCGUCAGGAAUGAUUUUGUCCUUUUUCGUUUCUUUCCUUGGUGAUUCCGGCAGUGGAGAAGGGCCGGGAACAGAACGUUUAGCUCACCUUGAGAAAUGGUUUUGGGUUGGUGGUUUUUGCGACCUUUUUCUCUCUCGUCUCUACUGUCAGAGAUGAGAGAAGGAUAGGUGGUUCUGCGUGCAUGUUAUGGUUGCACUUGUACACUUGUACAUUUGUACAUUAUUGUAAUAAAUUAACAUAUAUAAAUUGGUUGCAA